UUUACACACACAGUAAAUGUGAAUAUUAGACCUCAAUGAAAUGGCUCAAACACAGAUUUCACAGGUGAAGUAGGUUUCAGGUAUUUUCUCAUCCGUUUUUAUUCUUUAAACUCUUGACCCAAGCAAAAGUCACUAUUAGGCCAAAAAAACUUUUUAAAUGAAUAAUUAUUAAUGAUUGUCAGAAUAAAUGUCACUUAAUACAACAUAGUUUGUCUUUUGCUCCUGAGGGAAAGUAAAAUAAAUCAGUUUAUUGUGGUCUAAAGCUUCUUUAUGGACAUAAAACAACAAACUCUUGUUAAGCAGAUGCUUUUUUGUCCCCACACUGAUUAUAUUAUGUGUUAUAUCUCAAAGUAUUGAUCUUUUUUUUGUGAUAUUUCUCUCUCUCUCUCUCUCUCUCCGGCCUCAGUUGAGCAGUUAACUUGGGCAUCACUCUGGAGGUUUCUCCUCUGAAGAUGUACGGCCUGUACUUGGAAGCAGUGAACGAUUACAUCAACGAGUCGUACGGCGAGGAUGUGUGGAGGCUGAUCGAGAACCGAGCAGAGAUCCCCCACCUCAAGUUUGUCAGACAUCAGAUGUACAAUGACAACUUGAUCCUUCGGCUGGCAAAGGCAGCAGGCGAGGUCCUGGGGAAAACCCACGAUGAGCUCAUGUACGCCUUCGGGGUCUACAUGGUGAAGAGGAUCGGAAACUAUGGUUACGAGCGGAUCCUGAAGGUGUUGGGGCGAAAUGUGCGCGACUUCAUCAACGAGCUGGACAACCUGCACGAGUACUUCCGCUUCUCCUUCCCAAAAGUGCAGCCGCCGAGCUUCUGCGUGGAGGAGGAGUGCGAGACGAGUCUCACGCUUCACUACCGCAGCACUCGCAAAGGUUUCACGCAGUUUGUCAAAGGGCAGCUCUCUCAGGUGGGACGACAGUUCUACAACACGGACAUCGAGGUGGAAAUCUUGUCCAAGGAGGAGACGGAGAAAAUGACAUACGUGGUUUACAAGAUGAACUUUGACAACGCGGCCUUCAAGCACCGCAUGCCGCAGCAGAAGACGGCGCCGAGCUACGAGAAGCUGCCGAUGAAGCGGGGCAUCUUUUUCGACAUGUUCCCGUUCAGCGUCAUCUUCCGCCGCGACAUGACCAUGUACCGCAUCGGCGACGGCCUCAAGGAGGUCUUCUCCGACCUCCAGGGCAAGAAGGUCAACGAGGAGUUCACGCUGGUCAGACCCAUGCUGGAGUUCAGCUGGGAUAACAUCUACACCCAUUUGAACAACGUCUUUGAGCUGCUGUCGAAAGCGGUGGUGGAGAGCAAGCAGAAGGUCAACAUCCCGAAACUGAGCAAGGAGGAGCCCGAGGAGAAAGAGGAGAGCGAGAAGGCAAAGAGGGAAGAAGAGCGAGCAGAGGCAAAGGCAGUGGAGGAGAUGAAGGGCACAGACCAGGAGUACAGCAGCGCUCCCACCCAGUACAACAGCUCUGCCAACUCUGGAGGGGAGGAUAUUGAACUGCUGGCGUUCCAGACUGUUACUGGAAAAUGUAGCGAGACCAUCUUCGAGGACAUGCGGGAGCCUCCGAAGAAGCCUCUCCAUCUGAAGGGCCAGAUGAAGUAUGUCCCUCAGUGGGACUCCCUCAUCUUCCUGGGGACGCCCAUCAUAGAGACGGUGGAGGACAUGAUAAAGAUGGGCGUCUACGUGAACGAUCUGAACCUGCACGACUCCAGCAGAGAGCUGAUUCUGGCCGGGACGCAGCAGUCGGCUGAGCUGCAGCUGGCCCUCGAUCAGGAGCAACAAAAAUAUGCUCAGCUGCAGGAAAUCAUCAAGAAGCUGGACGAAGAAAAGAAGCGAGGAGACUCUCUGCUGUACGCCAUGAUCCCUAAAGCUGUGGCCGACCGCCUCAGGAAGGGGAUCACUGCUCUGGAGACGUGCCAGGUUUUCCCAGACGUGACCAUCCUGUUCAGCGAUGUGGUCAAGUUUAACGAGAUCUGCAUCCACAUCACACCCAUGCAGGUGGUGGACAUGCUCAACGAGAUCUACAUCGUCUUUGACACGCUCAGUGAGAAGCACAACGUCUACAAGGUGGAGACGAUCCGCGACGCCUACAUGGUGGUGGCGGGCGUUCCCAACAAGACCACGUUUCACGCUCACCACAUCUGUGACAUGGCUCUCGACAUGCUGAGCUCCAUCGACCACCUCAAAGACCCGUCCACCGGGGACAAUAUCCAGAUCAGAGUCGGUAUUCACUCAGGCAUGGUGGUGGCCGGCGUCGUGGGACUGAAGAUGCCUCGCUACUGUCUAUUUGGCGACACCGUGAACACCGCCUCGCGGAUGGAGAGCAACGGAGUGGGCAUGCAGAUACACAUCAGUCAAACCACCAAAGACCACCUGGAGCACGAGCCGUACAUCAUCGAGGAGAGGGGGAAAAUCUUUGUCAAGGGUAAAGGCUACAUGAAGACCUACUGGCUGAAAGGAAAGAAAGAUCUAUCGUUCAAGACCCCGGCAGAGCUGCGCUACAGCAGUGAACAGAAAGACUCUGAGGACAAAAGCUCUAAUGGUUCCACGAGCACCAACGCCAAACGCAUGGCCUCCAACCUGAACAUCACCAACAACGAGGAGCAAGCAGACGGCAAGCCGAGCCCCAGCGACCUGCCCCUCGACACCCUGCCCCCACCAGAGGCCGCCAACGAGCCGCCCUCCCAUUCCGUCGAGCCUCCGGAGAAGGAGAAAGCCAAAAAGACUAAGAACAACAAGGGAGCCAAGCUGGAAGUGCCCCAGGGAAACGCGGCGCCAGAGUCCUCGCCGCCAGCUGACGGGCUGGAGAACCCGGGUCCUUUUCUGAACAACAAGAGGAACAGCUUCAGGCAGCAGUACGCCAAGCUGCCCACGACCCUGCCCAUGCGCAGCACCGCCUGCGCCAUUCUGUGAGAAGAAUGAAAAGAAAAUUCAAAAUGUGACCAAGGUGUGAAGUCUGAUCAGGGCCCAGACAAAGCAGCAGUUUCAAAAUCCUAAUGAUUCUUGCUCACAGAUGAUCUACACGUUCAUGUCGACCUGUCAAAACAUCUUGAGUUAAAUAAGAGUAAAAAUGUAAACAACUUCUUUUUAAGCAUUUGCCAUUUACUGUGUACAGUUAAGAAAAAAUAAAAUAUGUCAUGGAACAAACCUGCACAUUUGAAUUCUGUGGGUAUGUGAGUGAUAUAGAAAGUGAGAAAAUGCCUUUUUUUUAAAAGAAAACAACACAAACGUCUCCAACCACAUGUACCGAGAAUUCACAGGUUUCACAACACGCCUUCCUUAUGUGGAGAAAAAAAAGGAAGUCCAACAUCCUCUAUACACAGAAACACAUGCAGGGAGAAACAGAACUGUGUACUACGCGUAACAGCAGCCUGUGCGACCGUGCGAUUAUUUCAGUUUCUCUUUAUGCCGUUUCCUGCUGAAUCAAUCACUGGAAUAACUUACACUAACUUGCGACGGGAAUCAUGUUAAAGAGUGACUGUUCACGUUUUCUUUGAAGUGUGGUCGUAAGACACAAAGUCCGCGCUGACUGCUCAGAACUGGCACGAGACGGGCAGCCACAGUCAUUAGAGAGCAUGGCUGCCGGCAGGGGCUCAAGGAAAAGGCCAUUUUAGCCACUUAACUAAAAGCUCACCCCAUAAAAUCUACAUCAGCUUAAGCGUAUGCUCUCUUUGUCUUGCUGUUUCUAACAGAGAAGUGAAAUGUGUUUUUGCUUUGCACACCUCGCACCACAGUCCAUUAACAAAAUCUGCAAUUUUACAUCACAGCAGACAGGAGCUGUUGAUCCACUGCUGCCUCAAUUACUGGGUUAAAAUGUGUUAUUACGUGACUUGUGCGUUUGACACAGGCGGACCAAAUGAGGCAGCAGUAAAACCAGCAGCUCCUGUGUCCACCGUGAGCUAAAAACACAGAUUUUCUUUAUGGACUUUGGUGUGGCAGAGUGAAUGGAUUCAAAAGUGACAUCAACUUCAGUUUCCCUUCCAAAAAUGGCUUUCUCGUAGUAAGUAAUAGUAAGAUAAAGCAAGGUAGAGUAAACCUCAGCUGGUCUGGAUUUUAACAGAUGAGUUUUUCCUGGUGUCCCCUUUUUGCAGCUAUAUUUAACGUCUCUAUAUUUACUCAUACAACCACACCUCAAAAACCUUGAACUAUCCCUUUCAGGUGUACAAUGGCAACAAAUUACAGGAUGUGAACCCUAGGGAAAUUAAAGUGAGCCAUCUUGUGACAGAAGAACAAACAAAUUUGAUUGGAUGCUUCAUCUAUUUCACUGAGAGCAGACAUCAUGUAGGCUUGUUUUGUCAUUUUCUUUCAAUUAGACAUAAUUCAGAAAGUAUUUGGAUAGAGUUUCACACCGUUGUCUAAAUGAGUUUUCAUUCUACUCUCUGUAUGUAACUGACUGCAUUUGUUUCACUGUAUGAUAGUAUGUAUUUAUAUAAAAACUGCAUGUACAGGCACUAAAAAUACCACGUUUCUGUGUUUUUGUACUGGGGAUAUGAGUGUGUAGCUUCUGGUCAUCCAGUUCUUGUGUUCCCACUAAUACCAAUGGAGU